GUUAAAAGCGCCUCUGCACUCCAGCGUGCUCUCAUCCCCAUCACAGACGGAGCAUCCCCGUCCUGCCGAGCGCUUCACACAUGCUGACAAAGCUGCGCCAGAAGCUGGGAUAUGGAUGCUCUCAGAGGAAAGGGAUAAGCCUGGACCAAGAGAAGAAACAGAGUCGAGAGAAGAGAAAGGAUUCCAUGAUCUCUGCAGGUGAUGCCGAGUUCCCACGAGAUUACCACACCCUGGCUGCCAGGGGCGGCCGUGGGGCACGGCGGUUCCAGGACAACAGCAAUGGCGGGUUCACGUCUUCCUCGCUGGACCGCCGGCACAACUCUGUGGCUGCAAAGAGCUUGGAGGCCCUGAACAGCAUGCACAAGGCGGACAUCGAACGGCAGCGAGAUGCCCUGAUGGACCUCCAGAAGAACAAGUACACAAACAGUCCGGGCAGCUUGUCACAAGGCUCCGCUGCUGCUGGCCGACAGCAACAACCAAACUACUGGAGCUUCAAGAGCCGUACGCCCCGCGUGACCCGACUCAGCCCAACUCAGCCAGCUCUUGCAGACCAGGCCAACAGGGUUUCUUUUGCCUCAGCUGAAAAUCUGGAGACCAUGUCUGAACCUGACAUCCCCAUCGGCUUUAACCGGAUGAACCGGCUUCGCCAGAGUCUUCCACUGGCCCGCUCGUCUAGUCAGGCCAAACUGCGGGCACCAGGAAUUCUCUUCCUCCAGCUCGGGGAGGAAAUUCGCAGGGUGCACCUGACCCAUGAGUUGACCAGCCUGGACACCCUGAGGGCCCUCAUUGUUCACAUGUUCCCCCAGAGGCUCACCAUGGCCAUGCUCAGGUCCCCCAGCACAGCUCUACUAAUCAAGGAUGAGACUCGUAACGUCUUUUAUGAGCUGGAGGACCCGCGGGAUGUUCAGGACCGCUGCGUCAUUAAAAUUUACUGCAAAGAGCCCAUCUAUGGCACUUACCCCGGACACCACAACCCCCACAUCGCUAACGGAGACUUGAGAAGGGAGAUGGUGCAUGCGCCCCAGGACUCUCCAUCAAACCGUCGCCUCGGUAACCCCGCCAUGUCCUCCCAGCAUUCGUCAUCCUCUGCUUCACCUCCUCAAGGCUCACCGUCCCGUGCCCGCCUGCUCUACAGCUCCGGGAGGCCUUCGUCCUACGCGGGGCCGCCCCACCACACCCACUCUUUACCUCACCCACACUCCCAGUCCCAUCACUCCUCUCCCCUCCAGCAGCCCCAGCUCCACCAGCCCCACCACCCCCAGCCGGCCUUCUGUACCUCCUCCAGCGCCAUCCUGGAGCGCAGGGAUGUGAAGCCUGAUGAUGAGGUGGGCGGUUCCAGGAGCAUGGUGCUGCUGCGAGGAGAUGGAGGUGGGAUCUACGCAGACCCGUACGCUUUGGGCCCAGACACGAGUCGGCUGAGCUUUGCGGCAGGUCCUCACUCUCCUCUACCUGCCCGAGCCGACCCCUACGCUUCCUUAUACCGCCGCGGGGGAGGACCAGGUCCAGGAUCAGUUCGGUCGCUAACCUCCUACUCUGCUGCGGCGUUACAGGGAGAGCUAAUGGAAAGCGGAGUUCUCUACAGGCCCGGGGGGCCACUGUACAACGACGCCUACACUGCUUCCAUGCUGGCAAUGGGUCUGAGGGUUCCACCACCCUCUUCUCCUCAGAAGAUACCUGAUAUGAGGGAUUCCUACGGGGGGACUAUGUCCACUCGCGGUUCUCCAGGGAGGCAGAGUUUAAGAAGGGACUCGGUUACCUCCUCUGUGUUUGGCGACAGCCCCAAAGUCCGGGGCCAGGGUCCAGGGUUGGGUCUGACAGCAGAGCAGCUCUGCCUUAUUGGUGGAGGUGAUGGAGGAGGCAGCACUGGAGGCUAUGGGUCACCGCUGAUGGGGAAUGAAACUGAGACCAGGGAGCGAAUGGAGGCAAUGGAGAAGCAGAUAGCGAGCCUGACGGGGCUGCUGCAGAGAGUACUGACCAGAGCGCCUGAAGCUGACAGUCCGGAGAAGCUCGAGACGGCUAGUGACUGUUCAGGAAAUGACCCUGGACAAACUAAAAAAAAGAAAGCUCUGACACCAUCUGCUCCCCUGGCUCUGAUGCCCCCUCCAUGUUUGGCGGCCAACCAGCCCGUAGCCGUGUCCCGUAUGCAGAUGCAGCUCCACCUCCAAGGCCUGCAGCAGAACACCAAUGCCCUGCGCAAGCAGCUGUCACAGCUGCGCAACAUGCAGCUGGAGAACCAGGACUCCGUUCUGUCUCUACUGCGUCAGACUGAGUCUGAGCUGAGCCUCAUGAUGCUGGACGCCAUGCGACCCCAAGAGGACCCGCUCCAAAGACAGCGGCUCUUAGUGGAAGAGGAGCGGCUGAAGUAUUUGAACCAGGAGGAGCUUCUCAUCCAGCAACUGCACGACCUGGAGAAAUCUGUUGAGGAGCUGCAGAGGAACUCGUCUGUCAACCACGGCCUGGUGACGGAGCAAGAGGUGGAGCAGAAGAGCAAAGAGCUGAGGAUGUUGGGAGAGACUCUCGCUGAACUCAAAAACCAGUUCCCCAGCCUGCAGAGUAAGAUGCGAGUGGUGCUGAGGGUGGAGGUGGAGGCUGUUAAGUUCCUAAAAGAGGAGCCUCAACGCCUGGAAGCUCUACUGAAACGCUGCAACACCAUGACUGAUGCUCUCUGCACACUUCGCAGACAAGUCUCAGAAGGUGUGUGGAAGACCCCUGAAGACCUUUCCAGUCAAUCCCAGAAAAGAUCAGACGACCUGAGUCGCAGCUCUGACCUGGACAUCCUGAACAGUCCUCCUCUCAGCCUCAGUGACCUGAGCACCAGUUCCGGUCUGGCCAACUGGAUGCCCCUGUCCUCCUCUGCCAGUGAAGCUGACACCUCCGGUCCUGAGCAGGACGUCCAGUCAUCCAUGACCUUCAGAAACCGAGUCCUGGAUGAGCUGCCCAGUCGGCGCCCUGCAGACAAAGCCGUGUCUGCUGAAGUCAGACUGGCGGCUGAGCGGGACUGGGAGGAGAAACGUGCCAGUUUGACCCAGUUCAGCGCCCAGGACAUCAAUCGCCUGCUGGAAGAAACCCAGGCUGAGCUGAUGAAAGCUAUUCCAGACUUGGACUUUGCUGCCAAGCACAUAAACAAACCGGCAGUGCCCCCCAAACCUCAGAUUACCCUCCCAAUAAGCUCCACCACAGCUACUUCUUCAGCUGCUGGGAGCACUGGGACCACAGCCACUACUAUGUCCAGUGGGGAGCAGCAGCCUGGCAAAGUGCAGCUCGCUGCUCAGAAGCUCAACAGCAUGGAGGGUGGCGGCUCACAUCGAGGGUCUGUGGACCUCAGUGUAGCCAGAUACAAAACAGAAAAACCCUCCAAGUCUCCUCCACCGCCUCCCCCUCGCCGAAGCUUCCCGUCGGCUCACGGCCUCACCACGAACCGCACCGGAGAGGUGAUCGUCACCAACAAGAACCAGAAGAUUGAAGAAGAUGGUGACAUGCCAAAAACUUUGGUAAAGCUAAGAAGGACCCCCUCAGACACACCCCGGCCAGCCUCCACUCCACCUGUGAUCGCCGCCUCAGCCAUUCAGGAUGAAGAUGACGAAGAGAAGAUUCUCGCUGAGCUAGAGAAUAGCAGUAACUCGCCAGGACCAACGAAAGGUCCCACCGUCGCAGCCCGACUCAAGCACCUUCAACAGGGCAGCCUGGAGAGACCAAAAACCCGCAAGCAGAAAGAGGAUUUCCCCAAACUCCAGGGCCAGCAGCAGGUAUUCCACUUCUAACCCCUCUGACGCUCCGCCUGCCUCUCCUCUCUGCUGUCACUUCAGAGGAAGCUCCGCCUCUUUGUCCCAGAAGACUGUAUGAGGGAGAACAAACUGAUUUUCACCUCCUCUUCUUGUGUGUUUUAAUGUUUGGGUGGCUGGAUUUGGACGAGCUUGUUGAAGCAUCAAGUUUUUGUCCAGUGUGUUAGAUUUUUUUCCACUAACCUAAAUUCAGUCAGAAGAAUUCUGAUCGUUCAUCAUGUUAAAACUGCUGCCCUUAAAUAGCCAGAAGGACACAGCUUAUUAUGCAGAAUGAUUGGAGUGAGGUUGUGUGAGUUUAAUUCAUGCAGGAAAUGAAUUCAGAAGCAGCAGAAAGAGCAAAGCAGACAUGGAAAACAAAAUGCACAUGGAGGCACAAAAAAUAUAACAGUUUAAAAAGAAUUCUGCAUAUGUAAUAUUAAAUAUUGCUUAAAAAAUACAAAAGAUGAGCAUAAAUUGAUGUCCUUUCAUAUUGUUUUUUGAGGCUGACUUGACUGUUUAUUUUACUGGCUGGAAAUACCUCAUUCAAUCAUUUCCCCCUAAAGCCCUUUCCUGAAAAACAUCUUCAAUUUAGCUUUUGUCCAAGCAAAAAGGAUGCAGUUGUGAACUGAUUAUCAACAACAGUUAAAUUGGUCACUAUUUUGUGACUCUACAGAAUUUACAAAGCAUUUGUUGCUUGUUCAAAUUAAAAUUCUGUUGGGUUUUUUUUCUACAAGAUUCAAACCUGCUGCUCACAGACUGUAACACAAACCAAGUAUACAGGAGUCAAAAAAUAAUUCUGUAAUAAUAAAGCCCUACAGGAGUACAUAAAUAUAACUUACAGUCCCAUAAUUAGUCAGAUCAUUUUAUCUCCAUGUAGAUUUCACUAAAUUAGAGAAAGUUAAUUUAUUUGAGUAAAAGCAAGCAGGGAUAGCUCAACAUAAACAGGUUCUAAGUCCUGCUGGGAAAUUAAUAGAGGAACAAAUGAAGAGGUCUAAAUUUUCUGGUGAACAGCUGCACUGACACUGGACUUGAUAAAGCUCAGUGGACCAGCUGAGCAGAUGAAAUGGCACCCACUCAUCCAGGGAAACGCCACACUGGACUCCAAAUUGGAUUCAAAUAAAGUGAAAAUUUCAUUCAAAAAGAGUAGCAGUCUAGUCCUUCUUGGACUUUGCUUCACAAUCGAUUUAUGCUGCAAUCUUCCUGUUGCUUGUGCACUUAUUUUCUACUACACUUCUUCCUUCUAAUAAACCUUCUGCUAAUUAUGCAAAGUAAAUUUCCACAAAGUAAAUCUGUGCAACGAAUGUUGCAGACAAAAUUCUAAUCUGUCGAGAUGCACGCCAAAAACAUCAAAGUACAAAACCUGGAGCUAAGACACUGUGUUGAGGAAAUAGAAUCCGUUCCCUUCCUCAUGUUUGGAUUCGUGAACUCCAGUAAAACCUCCAGAAGAAAUUGAGUCCAGCCUGAGCAGAGUUAGUGAUAAACGCACAGCUUGUUUGAAAACGGAGGCUGGAGUAUUAUUGUCUCCAUGAAUGGAUGAAUCAUAUCUGCUCCUUCAGACACAGCCAACCGCUUUCGACCUAGCUAUGUUUCUGAGAGUACCAAGCACAUCCAGCUGGCCACUCAAAGCUUUUUCAGUUUUCCUCUGUAGGCUUUCAGGCUUUAUACAUUCAGAGGAUCUCUGCACAGAAAAUGUAUUCCUGAAACAUAAAAGCUCAGAUGUUUGUAAAGUAAAGAAAGUAAAGCCUCUGUACUGUUAUAUUACGGCCUCAUAUUAAGAAGGCCAUGGCCAGUGGUUUGAAAUCUGUCUGUCCUAACAACAAAUCAAAUAUAAUACUCCAACCACAGCUGUGGUGCUAAUGCAACACUUAAAUCAUUCCUGUACUGUAGUUUGUAUAAUCAGAAUAUUAUAAUAAUAUUACAGAAGCAGUUUGGUACUGAUAAUAAAAGAUUCAAUUUCAGUUUGUAUUGUUAGUCAUAUUCAAUCAAGUUCCGGUCAAAUACAGAGAAACUGCAGAAAAAAGCUUUACUCUUUAAUUGGAAUCUAGAAUGAAUCAAAUUUGUUUUAAAAACAAAAGUAUAAAAUUUUGAUGCUGUACAAAAUAUUUUUCUGCCUUGAGAUAAAAAAGCCUCAAUAGCAACAAUCUUUCAAAAUGUGCAGAUACACAAAACAAACUACAUGUCGUCGCUUGAGAUACAACUGGAAACAUAUGAUUUAUGUAGAAGAAGCUAAAAUAUUUUAUGUUAGAUGAAGUGGAGUUUAACCCUGUCAUACAUAACAUGAUGUAUAUUAAAUGCAUUUGUUUACAGAUUUUAAAAUCUAAUGCAAGUAAUUUCUACAAUAAAAUUAAUCACAUUUACCGUUAGCAGAAAGUAAAAAAAAAAUAUAUAUAUAAAUGUUCCCAAAAUAAGUUUUAAAUAUGCGCAUCAGUUUUAUCUCUUGUCGGUUUUGGAGACAAAAAGUCCUUUUGUGCCCUGUUAGAACUGGCUUAAGUAAAUUUUCGUGUCCUGUUUUAGUAUUUUAUUUUUAUUAUUCCUUUAUUUAACCAGGUAAACCCCAUUGAGAUCUAGAUCUCAUUUUC